UGAUAGGGCAAGAAUCGUGUGAAAUUUGGGGAUUCGCUGCAGACAGGGCCAUGUGCUGAAGGUGGUGUGCUUGAGCGUCGUCGCCUGGUGAGACGAGAGCUGAGCAGCCGCCCCUGCAGCCAUGGGCCGGCUUGACACCAAGGCAGCCAUUGCCCGGCUGGCCGCCCAGCCAGACCGGGACCAGCUGCUGGCCACCCUGGCCGAGGUGCGACGCCGCGUGAUCGCCACCAGGCCCGGCCUGGAGCGGUUCGUGGAGCUCGGCGGCCUGGCGGAGCUGACGCGGCUGCUGCGCGAGCCGCAGCCGGCGGACGUCUUCAACUUGGUGCUCAGCAUACUGGGCAACUGCACCACCAGACCGGCCGGGCGACAGCACUUCGUUCGUCACGGCGGACUCCACGCUGUCCUCAAUGUGAUCCAGAUCGUGGCCGACCCGCACGUAGCCAACCGUGGCUGCCGGACACUGGCAAACCUGGCGCAGGAGCCAUCGCUGUGCCGCACGCUGCACCAGGAGGACACGCUGGAUGUGGUGGCGGCGCUGCUGGCGGCCGAGCCGGGUCAGGCACCACCCUCCGACCAUCUACGCAUCACUAUAUUCCGCCUGUGGAGGAACAUGGCGGACACGAGCAGCCACCAGCGCCGGCUGCUGCGCACCGAGUGCCUGGUGACGGUGGCGGCCGGUCUCGGCUCCGGCAACGGCCAGCUGGCGCGCGAAGCUCUCAAGACGCUGGCACACUUCGCCGACCAGGCCGCCCGCGAGACCGGUGCUCAGAUGCAGCAGUGCAGCGAGGCGCUACCGGCGCUGCUGCGGCUGUGCGGAGCCGGCGCGUCGCCGGACCCUCAGCUGGGGUCGGCCGCGCUCCGCCUGGUGCUGGUGCUAGCCCGCGAGUCGUCGCUGCGGCCGCCGCUCGGCCAGCUGGGCUUGCUCCAGAUGCUGUACGACGGCGCCCGACGGCGGGACGAGAGACCAGGCCAGGGCGGGGGCCAGGAGGCAGGCCAGGGCACAGACGAGAAGCCGGGCCAAGGUGCGGACCAGCAGCCGGACCAGGGUGCGGACCAGAAGUCGAGCCAAGUCCGGCAGCCAGCGGCCGGGACGGUACCAGAUUCUGACUUAGAAGACGGCGCGUCGGAGGUGGUCAGCGUUAGCUCCCUUGCUAACCGUAGCUGCCUGGUCAGCGCGCUGUGUCUGUUCUGCUGGGAGUCGGUGAACCGGGCGAGGCUGCGCGCGCUGGGCUGCCUGCCCUGGCUGGUGUCGCUGCUCGGCUCGGAGCGCGAGCCGGAGCCGCUCCGGCGCCGCGUGCUGCACGCCCUCUUCCAGUUCGUGUACGACGAGGCGGGCUUCGCGCAGAUGAAGGCGGCCGGCCUGCUGGAGGUGUUGGUGCGCCGGCUGCAGGCGCUCGUGUCGGGCUGGCGCGACGGCUCUCCCGAGCGGGCCGAGCGGCCCAGCUCGCCGGGCACGUUCCGCGCCGACAGCCCCACCUACCAGCAAGUGGAGCGCGAGAUCGCGGCCUACCUGCGCCAGGUGCGCGCCGCCGGCGAGCCGCCCGAGCGCCUGUACAAGUCGUUCAGUCCCACCGACAGCCUGGCGAGCUCGCCGCAGUGCUCGCCCGAUGGCAGCCCGCCCUCGUGGGCCGGUCCCGGCUCGCCUGCCUCGUCCUUGGCCAGCUCGCGUCUCUCGGCGUCAACCUCGCCCGACGGCUCGCGAUUCUCGCCAUUCGCGUUAUCCGGAGGCUCGGAGUUCUCACCGUCAGCCUCUCCCGGAAGCUCACAAUUCUCGCCGCCCGCCAUGCCCGGCGGGUCCCGGCUCUCACCGGACGCUUCGCUCGGAGGCUCGCAGUUCUCACCUCCAGUCUGGCCAGGUGGGUCGCGGUGGUCGCCGCCUGCCCCGAGGAAAGGACCCCGGUACUCCCCAGCCGCCUCUCCGCCGGCCGAAUCGCCCGGCGGAGCGGCCAAACGGUGCCCGAGCGCCGACUGCGCUGCACUUCUCGACUACCUGCGCCACGCGCCGCGGCCGCAGGCGCGCGCCUCGCGCAUUCUAGCACGCCUCUGCAGGAACCCGUCCUGCUUCCGCUCGCUGGUGAGGCAGCGGUUGGCGUGGCUGUGCGUCAGCCGACUGUCCGCGGCGCAGGCCGAACUGCCGCUGGACGCGCUGCGCGCCGUGGCCGAGACCGGGUACGGGCAGGGCGUGCUCGAGUCACUGCUGGAGCUGGGCGACGCCGAGGCCAUGGCAGCCGUCACCACCGCCGCCAUCGUCGUCCGCCUGCAGACGAGCCUGCGUCGGCUGUUACUGCGCCGGCGCGGUCUGGAGCUGCUGCUGACCGCAGCCGGCGGCGGCGGCGAGUGGGCCGAGCCGGCGGCCGGCGCGCUGCUGGCGCUGGGCGAGCACUUGGUGCCAGCCUGGCCAGCGGCACCGCCAGCCGCGCCACCCCAGCCGUGCCUCUACCUCGCCGACCCGGGCCCGACCGACUUGACACUGGUGCUGUCCGACGGCGAGGAGGAGGGCGACACGUUGCGUGCCGACCUCCGUGCCGCCGUCACGCAGCUGUUGGAGCCGGGCGGCUGCUGA